GACUUUGACGGCAACUUUUAGUUUAACGCUUAUCUGAAACUCGGCGUUUUCUGCAUUUAGAAAAUAUAUAUCUAUAUGCUGUCUGUAUUCUAAUCGAUAUAUGUUUUAUUUAUAUAUAUUUUAAAAUUUACGAAAAUGGCUACUAGUAAUGAAGAUACUUUGCCAGAAGGAUGGGAGGCCCGUAAGAGCAGAAGUACAGGUAUGACGUACUAUCUGAACAUGCAUACCAAGAAGUCACAAUGGGAUAAGCCAGAUGAGCCGGCACCAUUGGUUGAUGAGGGUGAUGAUACACCCUCGCUAGUCCAAUGCAGCCAUUUGCUGGUGAAGCAUAGUGGCAGCCGUCGCCCGUCCUCCUGGCGCGAAGAAAACAUUACUCGUUCUAAGGAAGAGGCUAUGGAGAUUUUGGCGGACUAUCGGCGCAAGAUCGUUGAAAAGGAAGCUACCUUCGAGGAGCUGGCUCGCAAGUUCUCUGAUUGUUCUUCAGCUAAGCGUGAUGGAGAUUUGGGUAGAUUUGGCAAGGGGCAGAUGCAGAAACCGUUCGAGCAAGUCGCCUUUUCUCUGAGACUUGGCCAGCUCAGCCAGAUCGUCGAUACUGACUCUGGAGUGCACAUCAUUCUCCGGACCGCUUAAACUCUCCACAUAUACAGUUUCUUGGCAUUUAUAACAUAACUCCUUCUUGAUAUAUACGUUAAUUCUCUGCUGUUUUUUUUUUAUAGUAUGCUUUGGCUUGUAACAAAAAAUAAAAUAAUAACUGAUCGUCCAUAGUUUAUGCCUGGGGUGCAUUGCAUCUGGUAUGUUUUGUUGUGUUUUUUUCUGUCAUCUAUACAUAUAUUUUCAUUUUGAAAUAUGCUCUGAGGGUUAUUGUUUUUUUUUUCUUCAAGAUAAAUAUAACUGAUUCUUAAGAGUAGAGUUGAUUGUUUGAAAGAAAUAGCUGUCAUUGUAGAUAAAUCAGCUUUUUAAAAGUAUUGUUAUCUAUAUAAAAAUUUGUUUGCAAAUGUUAAGCUUAUUAUUUUUUUUAGGAAUUACUUGAAAAUGACAUUGCUCAAUAGGUAUUGUUCCUCAGUCACUACAUUUCAAUAGAACUACUGAAACAUAUUUGUGUUUUAUGAUUUCAUGUGAUUUUCUAUUAACAAUUUUUUUUAUAAAGUUCUUUUAUUAAAUAAUUUGUUAUUUGAUUUUUUUUUUUUCACUUUUAUCAAAUUAGUUUCUUUGAUUUAGUUAUUAAACAUUUUAAAGGUAAAGUACAUUAUUGAAAAUUAUUUCAAAAAACAAAUAUGUAUAGCAAAAAAUAAGUUUUUGAGAUCCAAUGACAUUAAUUGUUACUUUUGCAUUCAUAUGUCCGGAAUAAUAGAAACACAACAUAUAUGUUAUGAAAUACAACAUUUAGCAAAAAUAA